AUGAAAACAAAGACCCUAUAUGAGGCUACUGGAGGGAUACUUACUACCUUUGGGAUUAUAAGCAUUUUCUCUGGAAUUUUUGCUUUCUUUCCCGUUUUUUCUUAUAAGCCUUGGUUUGCUGGAUGGAGUGUUCGAAUUGCCUGCCCCAUCUGGAACGGAACUUUGGCUGUUAUUGCUGGUGUACUUAUCCUUUUGGCUGACAGAGAACAAACACAAAGAUCACUUUGGGAAGCUAGCUUCACCUUUGGCAUAUUGAGUAUCAUGGGCUCCCCGGUUCAAUUUGCUGUUGCCAUCACCUCCAUCUUGCUUGGUCCGUACUGCUACUAUUCAUUUGCUGGGAUUUCAGGAACUAGCUAUCUCGGUUAUGUAGUUUUGUUCCCUUUUCCCUACCAGGAAUUUUUGUCUCUUUGCAAGGACCCAUUGCACUACGAGUGGUACCAUCUAGUUCUACAAAUACUAGACCUUUGCUCAAGUUUUGUCAUGUUUUGUGCUUCUUUGGUUUUUGUGGUCAAGCUCAUUGCAAGACUGCUCCAAUUUGGACAUUUAAAUGUGAGCUUUAAUCAUGAUGGGGAAGGUGGAUUACUGCCAGUAACACUGUAG